AUGUCUUAUAAGUUUAGGCUUUUUUUAGCUAUAUGGCCGGUAAUAUGGUUUAUAAUAUUAUUAACAAAAAUAAAACAAUGUUUUUGUAUAAAUUUGAAAAACGAAAAAUUAAAUUAUAUUUCCCAUAAUAAUGUUAUAACAAAAAGCAAUAAAUACAAAACUAGGAAACUUCGAAAUAUCAAAAAUUAUGAUUCCAAUAGAAAUAUAAUACAGAAUAGCUUUUUAAAUUUUUUUAAUAAACUAAAUAUAUUCAAUAAUAAAAAAGUCAUACUAAAUAAUUUCACACUUUAUCAUUUUAACCCUUCAAAUAUUUUGUUAUAUCAAAAUUAUGAGAAAAUUUUAGAAAAUAAAAAAAAUUUGUAUAAAUGGAGUCACAAAAAAGAUAAAAGAAAAACAGCUAUAUCUUUUUCUACUGACAAAAAUAAUAUAAAAAUAAAAAUCAAAUCAAAAAAUGAUAAUGAAAAAUUGGAGAAAAAAAAAACUGAUAAAAUAGUGGAAAAAGAUAAAGCUAAUGAAAAUAAAAAAAAGGUUCCAAAAUCGUGUAGUAUUAAUCAAGAAGGUAAUGCAAAAAGCGAAACAAAUAAUGACAAAAUUGGAGGCGAAACAAAUAAUAAUAAUAGUAAUAAUAAUAGUAAUAAUAAUGAUGAUGAUGAUGAUGGUAUAAAACAAAAACGGAGCAAGGGCAAAAGUGCAGAUGCAACCAAACUGAAUCUAGACGAAAUAAAUUACACAAAAGAAAGAAAAGGAAUGGGAACAAAAAAUAAAGAAAAUGUGUCUUAUAAUUUAGAAAAAUCUAAUAAUAGAAUAAAAGAACGUGUUUAUACAUCCUCGAUUAAUAACAAUAAUUUAUACAAAAAUAGUGAAAAAAAAGAGACGAAAAAUAUUUAUAGAAAUAGCAUAUCAAAAAAUAAUCAAUAUUCUGACCAAAUAAAAGAAUCUAAUAUUGGAAAAUGUUUUGAAGGAUAUGUAUGUUCUGUUAAUGAAGGAGCAGCAUAUAUAAAAAUUUCUGAUCUAAAUAGUUAUGGAGUAUUAUUUAAAAAUAAAUCUAAUUUAGGAAAUGAUAUAGAAAAUAUGAAAAAUUAUUUUAAAAUUGAUCAAAAAGUUAGUGUUAAAAUAUUAGGUGCUAAUUUAAAAAAAAAUAUAUAUUAUUUAGGAAAUAUAAUAAAAUAUAAUAAAGAUAUAAUAUUAGAAAAAGGAGAUCAAUCAAAAGGUUUAAUAACAAAAAUAUGUGAAUCUUAUUGUUUUAUUAAGAUAUUAAAAAAUGGAAGUGUAGGAUAUUUACAUAGAACAAAAUUAAAAUUUCUCGAAAAUUUUAUUUUAAACAAAACAGAAAAUAUAAAUAAUAAUAUUAAAACAAAUAAUGAUUCUAAUUUAGAAUCACUUUUAGAUAUAACAAAUUUAGAGAUGCAAAAUAAACUAAUAAAAUUAAUACAAUUUCAAAAUAUAUUUAAAAUAUGGGAUAUAAUAGAUGUAGAAAUUUUAUCUAAAUCUGAAAAUAAUUUUAGUUCAAGUUAUAUUUUAACUAUACCAACAGAAACGAAUACAUCAAAACGGGUUCUAGAAUAUGUUCAAUCUAAUUACAAAACAAAUGUAAUAAAUUCUAUGUCUUUAGAUGUUAAACAAGAAAAUUUAACAAAUAAAUUUCCAAAAGAGGUCUUAAAUAAUUUAGAAGAUCUUAAUUGUAUUGAAAAAAAAGAUGCAAAUUUAAACAAUUCACAUAAUUAUAUUAAUAUUAAAAAAAAAAAAAAUAAUAAUAAAAUUGUUUACAAUUUAGAAGAUGAUAAAAUACAAAUGAAAAAAGAAAGAGGAAAAAUAAAUGACAAAUUUGAAAAUGCACUAAAAAAAAAAAAAAAAAAAAAAGACAAAGACAAAGAAAAAGAAAAAGAAAAAGAAAAAUUAGCAAGAACAUAUCAACUUCCUGCCAAUAACAAUAUUAUUAAUUUGUCUACGUUUUCAAAAAUUAUUAAAAUAUCGCCAUCUUCUUUAAAAAAAUUCUUUAUGAUAAAUGAAAAAAAAGAAUUUUGUUUUAAUUCUGAAUUAACUUUAGAUCAAAUAAAAAAGGCUUGUGAUUAUUUUCAGAUCCAGCAAAAUUUAAUAUUGCCAGUUAUGCCCAAUGGAAAAACGGAUGGCUACCCAAAUAGUGAGAACCCAAAUAGUGAGAACCCAAAUUGUGAGAACCCAAAUUGUGAGAACCCAAAUAGUGAGAGCCCAAAUAGUGAGAGCCCAAAUAGUGAGAACCCAAAUAGUGAGAACCCAAAUAGUGAGAGCCCAAACCGUUUUGAUAAAAAAAACGAUUCCAAUGUGGUACCAUGUUCGAAUAACCUUAGCUUGAAGAUAAAAAGUGGGAAAGAUAUAGACAAUGAAUCGAUAAAAAAUAAAAAUAUAGAAGAAAGAGAAAAAAAAAGAAAUAUAGUUGUUACAUUUAUAGGUCAUAUUAAUCAUGGAAAAACAUCUUUAUUUGAUUAUAUAUGUAAAACAAAUGAAAGAAAUAAAGAACAUGGGUUAAUAACACAAAAUAUAAGAGCCUUUAAAGCAAAUUUAAAUGAUAAUUCUGUUUGUACAUUUAUAGAUACACCAGGACAUGAAGCUUUUAUUCCUAUAAGACAAAGAGGAAUUAAAAUUUCAGACUUGAGUAUAUUAGUUAUAUCAGCAGAUGCAGGAAUUCAAGAACAAACUGUAGAAUGUAUAAAAAUGAUAAAAGAAUUAAAUAUAAAAAUUAUAAUUGCCAUAACAAAAACAGAUAUUCCAAAUGUAGAUGUAGAUAGAAUAAUAAAUGAUUUAUUAUAUUAUGAUAUAUCUACUGAAAUAAAUGGUGGUGAAAUUCAAGUAGUUGAAUGUUCUAUAUAUAAAGAAGAUUCUAUAAAUAAAUUAUUAGAUGCAAUAUAUUUAGAAUCAGAAUUUCUUGAUUUAUCUAUAAAAGAUAAUGAAAAAGCAGAAGGAGUAGUAUUAGAUUCAUAUGUUGGUAAAAAUGGUAUUGUUUCAAUCAACUUAUUACAAAAAGGAAUAUUAAAAAUAAAUGAUAAUUUUUAUACUGGAUCAUCUUAUGGAAAAAUCAAAAUUUUAAAAAAUUAUAUGAAUAAAAAUAUAAAAUGUGCAUAUCCAUCAGAUCCAAUUAUAAUUAUAGGAUAUAAUAAAAAUUCGUUUCCAAUUGCUGGAGAUAAAUUUCAUGUAGUAGAAUCUGAAACUAUUGCAAAAGAAAUUUCUGAAUAUAACAAGGACAUAAUUCUAAGUUCACAAAUUAAUCAUUUUAAUUAUUCAGCUUCAAUACUUAAUAAAUAUAAAGAUAUUAUCAUAAAUUCUGAGUCCCCAAAUCGAAGUGAAAAUGGUGAAAAUGAUGAAAAUGGUGAAGGUGUCGAAAAUGGUGAAGGUGACGAAAAUGGUGAAGGUGGCGAAAAUUGUGAGGAAAAUGGUGAGAGUGUUAAAAAUUAUGGCAGUGUUGAAUGUGGCGAAAACGAACUAAAGGAUGUAUAUAUAAAUUAUUUUAUUAAGUGUGAUAAGCAAGGAACUAUAGACAUUUUAAAAAAUUCGAUUUUAAAAUUAUCUAAAGAAGAUACUAUAUAUAGAAUCAGAAAUAAAAUUAUAUAUGCAAAUAUUGGAGACAUUUCAUUAAGUGAUAUAAAUUAUGCAAUUAGUUUUAAUGCCAUUAUUGUAGGGUUUAAUGUUAAACUAGCUAAAAAUAUAAAAAAUAUAAAAAAUUUGAAAAAUAAUUUAAAUUCACAAUUUAUCUUUUCAAAUGUUUUAUAUGAAUUAAUAGAACAAAUCGAAAAUGAAAUGGACAAACGAUUAAGCAAAAAACCAACUGGAAAAUAUAUAGGAAAAGCAAAAAUAUUGAAGAUUUUUAAUAUAUCGAAAUUGGGAAAAAUAUCAGGAUGUAGUGUUAUUGAGGGUACUAUUAAAAAUAAUAGUAAUGUAAGAAUAUUAAGAGAUUCUAAUGUUAUUUAUGUUGGAAAAAUUAUAUCUCUAAAAGUUUUGAAAGAUGAAAGAACUUGUGUAAAUAAAAAUGAAGAGUGUGGAAUGGCCUUUGACAAUUUUAUUGAUUUUAAUUUAGAUGACAUUAUUGAAGCAUACGAAGAAGAUUAA